GAGAGAGAGAGAGAGAGAGAGAGAGAGAGAUGGAAGCCUCGUUUGUGAAGGUUUUAUGGAGCUUGUGUUUGAUGGGUUUUUGCAGCUUGGUCGGAUAUAUCUUCAAUGUUGUUUGGAUGAAGCCAGAGAGGCUUCGACAGAAGCUUAGAAGGCAAGGAGUCACAGGACCUCCACCAUAUUCUUUUCUGGUUGGAAAUGUUCCUGAGAUGACGAAGAUCAAAACAGAGGCCUCAAAGAUAAACCAAGUUAGUGACCAUGGAGAUAUUGCUGCCCAUGACUACACUGCUUCUCUCUUCCCAUAUUUUGAAUGUUGGAGAAAACAAUACGGUCUAGUGUACAUGUAUUCAACAGGAAGGACACAACACUUGUACGUGAAUCACCCUGAUAUGGUAAAGGAGAUAGGCCAAGUUAUAUCUUAUGAUUUAGGCAAGCCAUUGAACUUAGCAAACACGCUUAGUCCUUUGCUAGGUAAAGGUGUUCUUACCUCCAACGGCCAUCUUUGGUCCCAUCAGAGGAAAAUCAUUUCAGCUGAGUUCUUCAUGGACAAGGUUAAGGGCAUGAUGGGGCUAAUGGUGGAGUCAGGGGUGGCAUUGAUGGAAAAAUGGGAGAGGAGAGUAGUUGAUUCUGAAGGAGGGAUUGCUGAGAUAAAAGUUGAUGAAGAUUUGAGGGACUUCUCUGCUGAUGUUAUCUCUAGAGCUUGUUUUGGUAGUUCCUACUCUCAAGGCAAAGAUAUCUUCUCUAAGAUUCGUGUCCUUGAAAAGAUGUUAUCCGAGAAAGGCUUCCUACAUAAGGGAUCAACUUUUAGAAAUCUUCCAACCAAGAAUAACAGAGAUGUAUGGAAGCUAGAAAGAGAGAUCAAAUCAUUGAUAUUGAAGACAGUAAAAGAGAGGGAAGAAAAAAGCUUAGGUAACCCAAGCUUAGAGAAGGAUCUAUUGCAAAUGCUCCUAGAGGGUGCUAAGAGUGAUAAAUUUAGCACAAAGGAAUCAAAUCGGUUCAUAGUGGAUAACUGCAAGAACAUCUACUUUGCUGGUCAUGAGACUACAGCAGUAGCCGCAGCUUGGUGCUUGAUGUUAUUGGGGUUAUAUCCCAAAUGGCAAGACCGUGUCCGCCAAGAAGUUGCACAAGUUUGCAGAGGUGGAUCCCUAGAUGCUGAUGCUCUACGCAAGAUGAAAAUGGUUGAAAUGGUGAUUCAGGAAACCUUGCGACUCUACCCUCCAGGGGCUUUCAUAUCAAGAGAGACAUUAAAAGAUACAAAGCUAGGAGAUCUCAUUGUUCCCAAAGGCAUAAGAUUGUGGACUCUGAUACCCACAUUGCACCGAGACCCAGAUAUUUGGGGAUCAGAUGCAAAUGAGUUCAAUCCUAGUAGGUUUGAAAAUGGUAUCUCUGAUGCUUGCAAGUAUCCACAAACAUUUGUGCCAUUUGGAACCGGUCCUAGGCUAUGUUUGGGCAGAAACUUUGCACUCUCAGAGUUGAAGAUUCUGCUUUCUCUUAUGGUUUCCAAAUUCUCUUUCUCUGUCUCUCCUAAAUAUCAGCAUUGCCCCAAAUUUGUGAUGAUUGUGGAGCCUAAGUAUGGGGUAGAUCUCCUCAUAAGGAAAAUAUGACAGAAAAAUCAACUGAGUUGAUGAGAAUAAGAGUUUGGUAGGUAUGGAGGUUUGGUUUUAGAUAUAUGAUGUUGGCUCCUACUCACUUAUUGGAGACCUAUAAGUUUAGAUUUGAUUUAGGACUACUUGUAUGGAUGGA